AUGCUGGCCUCGGUUCGUCGGAAAGACAAAGCUCGACUGCGACGAAUGCACAUUGCGUCUCGACAGCGUCUCGAUCGGUCCGAGUCUGCCAAGUCGAAAGCCCAAGAAGAUCUCCGUCCAUCUCAAGACCUGCUUGCCCAGCAGCAAGCCCAGGCACACAUGAGCAACUGGUACAAGACCAAGCGGAACAGCACCAGAGUCAGGAUGCCGAGAUGA